CACAUCAGCACUCCUCUACAGAGCGCUCUGGUGUAAAGAGAAGAGCAAGGCUUUCAGAGGGGCUGACCAGGGUAUCAACUAGAGGGCAAAUAACAGCACCCCCUGCAAUCUAGCAAGGAGUGCAGAGAAUAUACACCAGAGAGCCAGACCAGGACUGUGCCUUUUUAUCUCUUAGAGAGCCCAGGAGAACCCUGAUCACAGAUUUGAAAGCUGUUUAGAAGAGGGUGGAUCUUUAUUGGUCAACAAACCACACUGAAUCUGUCUUCGCACCAGCUUUGACUGAACCACCUGCCCUGCUCAAUCUGAGCGCCUGCCCUGAAACUCUCCACAGCCCAUGGGAUUCCUGGAGUUGGACGGAUGAAGGAAAUCCAAGCAUAUCAGCGCCGCAUAAGAGUGAUCCAACCCCUUUUUAGGACCUUUGGACAGACUUGGUAGAUUUGUGAAUCUUGUUGAAAUCAAGCUGAUCAGCCUCCUCCCCCUGAUCUGGACAGGCCUUAGAUCAGAGAGAUGUCCACCAAGGCCCCUAUUUACCUGAAGCGCGGGAGCCGGCGAGGGAAGAAAGAGAAGCUCCGUGACGUCCUGUCCUCGGAUAUGAUCAGCCCUCCGCUGGGAGAUUUCCGGCACACCAUUCACAUCGGCAGCAGCGGCGGCGAGAGCGAUCUCUUCGGGGACCUGUCCUUCCUGCAGGGGAAAUUCCACCUGCUCCCGGGGAAGCAGGGCCACAGCCUGUCCCAGCGCUGCAACCAGUACGGGACGGCCUUCGAAUUCACCCGUACCGCCAGCGUCUGUGCACACCCGCCCCAGCGCGAGAACUCCUCCCCGCUCCUGAAGAACGCCCUCUCCCUGCCUGUGAUUGGGGGCGUCCAGGCCCUCUCCCUGCCUGCAGCCCAGCAGACCCCCCCUCCCAAACCACCUCGACUCCACCUGGAAUCCACCCAGCCUCCCACCACCUUCCCCGUCCCUCUGCUGCCCCAGUUCCCAACCCCUUCCCCGGACGAGAGCCCUUCUCAGAUUGGAGAGCCCCGCAGACCGGAGCAGAGACUAGCAGAGCCCCGAAUCGGACUCACCCCUGAGGACACCCCUCUGGAGGAACCGUUCCUGUCCCACGCAGGCUCCCUGCUGUCCCUGCACCUGGAUCUGGGCCCCUCCAUCCUGGACGACGUUCUUCAGAUUAUGGAUAAGCACCAAGUGAGCAGGAUCAAUGGGUCCCAGCUGCAUAAAUCCAGAACAGAGAUACUCAGCUGAGUGCCAGAGCCUGGAUCCAGCACCCCGCACCACACCGACAGCAAGGGCUUUGUUGGUUUUGGUUCCUGUCUUGCUGGUUUUCUAUAAAAUGCUGGAGGCAUUUCCUGUUUCCCCUCUUCUGUGGAACUGUACAUUGAAUACAAGAGAUCAAUGUCGCGGUCUUAGAUCUUAGAGACACAAAAGCAUUUGGUAGCACUCAAACUAAAUUGAACAUCAGAUUCAAAUUUUGUUGCAUUGUUGCAAAAUUCAUGUGGACAAUGUAUAUUUUUGCCUUAUAAAUAACUGGCCCUUUUUUAUACAUGUAUAUAAAAGAUUUUUUUGCAUAUGAAGCAUAUUGCAACAGAAGUAUUGGGCAGAUGGAUAAAAGCAAAGCAUGUGUUACUGCAGGACGACGCCCUCUUUCAUAGUGAUCAAACCCUGACACAGUGGAGGGUGCACAAUCAGGAGCCCUCACUGUCGGGGCACAGCGCACUCACACCCCUGGCUGCUCAUUACAUAUCCUGGUAUCCCUGAAUAGAGAGCUCCCCUCGUUUCAGAAUGCAGUGGAACUGCUCAAGCACAAUCAGUGCCGUGGUACCCCAGGGCUGACCAGCACAGCACAUGUGUUCAUGUAACCCUAAACUGUGCUCUUGCAAUACAGAGCAGGUCUAGAGCUCCACUGUUUCUCCCAGUAUCUCCCAGUACUUGUGGGGUGCUGCAUGCAGUUUGACGCAACUUUGUUUCAAGCAGUAAAAAAGAAAACAAAAAAGACUGGUAUAUUUCUUUAUAGAACCAGUAAAAGCAGCUUUGGAUUCCGAUACAGUGGAUGAGAGUCUUCCAGCUCUGUAGAGUUUCAGACAGCACUUGGUUACAGUUCUUGUUUUUGGUUGUGGACUGUGUUUCAGUACUCGGCUCGAUGCCACUCCUGCAGCCUGCCUGCAGUUUGACAGGCCUCUCAUGUAUUUCUGAAGAAUGACUGAGCCGAAUGUGCAGGAUUUACAUAAAACUGGAGCGUGUUAUAUUGUAACAUUAUAAUCUA